AUGUCUGUCACGAAGGGAAAUGUGUUGGUUCGUUCCUUGAGCACGUCGGCUGCUGCAGGUCAACUUGUUAAAGCUCCCGUGCAAGUAUUUGGGUUGGAAGGUAGAUAUGCAUCUGCUCUCUACUCAGCGGCGUCAAAAAACAAGACCUUGGAUGCCGUUGAAAAAGAACUCUCUCAGUUCCAAAAGUCUAUCAAGACUGAUGCAAAACUCAAGGAAUUUAUUGUCAACCCAACACUUAAGAGAGAUCUUAAAGCUGAUGCUUUGAAGCAUGUUGUUACACAGUGUAAGAUGUCUGCAACAACAGGUAACUUGCUAGUACUUAUGGCUGAAAAUGGGCGUCUAAAUAAACUUGAAGCUGUCAUUAAUGCCUUCAAAAUCAUGAUGGCAGCUCAUCGUGGAGAAGUUACCUGUGAAGUCACUACAGCGAAGCCGCUCGACCAGGCCCAGAGACAGAACCUAGAAGCUGCUCUUAAGAAAUUCUUGAAGGCUAAUGAAACUCUUCAACUGACUGCUAAAGUGGAUCCUUCUUUGAUUGGUGGAAUGGUUGUUUCCAUUGGUGAUAAGUAUGUGGACAUGAGCGUCGCCAGCAAAGUGAAGAAAUACACUGAACUAAUCAGUGCUGCUGUUUAA